AUGACAGCCACCCAAGCUUCGGUGUCAGAUGAAGUACCUGAUAUGCAUACCUAUGUCGACAAAGCUCAACGACAUCCUCUUCCCGCACGGCCGCCGAAAGAGGUAUGCUUGAAUAUUGAAGCUCAGUCACCUUUGCCAUCGAUCGUGCCCGAGUUCAGAACUCCACAGCAAACUAUUACCGUGGAGAAUAGGCACCGGAGUUCUACCCCACAGACCCCGGUGACCACAGCGCACAUUGAUCCCAAAAUUCUGGAUCAUGCCUCUUGUUCAAUUGCUAGACAUCCCAGUAAAUCUUCAUCCUGCCAGGAGGAGGAGGAGGAUGUUGAUACUGCAAGCAUUUCGGAAACGUCCUCUGUACUACCUUCCACCUUCGACAACGUACUUCCAGCCGAGAACCCUGGACAACAUUUCCGAGCGGAGCUGGUGACUACGCAUCGACAAACUGCAUCUGUGACGAAGAGCUGUCAUACUCGGAAAAACCCUAUGAAAAGUGGCUCCAGUCGACGUGCUUUGCGAGAAACGACUUCUCACAACAGCCCCACUUUUUUCUCUGUUCGUUCUCAGUUCUUUGCUAUGUCAUUACAAGAUCGAUUGCAAUUUGUAUCCUGGUUAUUCGAGGGCGCCCUAUCCCAAUGUGUCUCACAGCCCAUGGGAGCGGAUACAGCAUCUGCAUCGAAUUGUGGAGCAUUUGAUCCAGAUACCAUGCACAAUCUUGCGCACCCAACCCUCGACUGGUUCCCACAUCAGGGAUCCAGAUUUGAACCACAGGUCCACGGAGAUAUACCACCUUGUGAAGCGGGCGAAAAUGAACUAGAAGACGAUCAGCUCGAAUAUGAGAUUGAAAAGAUCCUCACUCAUAGAAGUGAUGCGCAUGGCUCUGUCUCAUACCUUGUCAAGUGGAAAGGCUACGGUGAUGCCGAUGCGACUUGGGAACCAGGAUAUUCAUUAAGGGAUACGAUUGCGUUAGAGAACUACGAGUUACAACGAGCUAUCAAAGCGGACAGAGUCUAUGAGACACCGGAUUGCAGUCGCAAAGCUGAUCGGGCGCGGAGCAAAGCCUUUGUCACCCGUCGGACGCACUCGAUCGCCAAGGGUAGCAGCACGCGCAGCAAUCCUAUCAUAAGGAAAGGUCUUGCAUGGUCUCUGGAAGAAGUCGAUUUUCUAACUAAGCUAAAAGCCCACAAUGAUCUUCCCUGGUCGGCUAUCCAUCGGAGAUUCUCGCAGAAAUUCCCUGGUCGGUCUAAAGGCUCUCUCCAAGUGUAUUGGAGCACAAAGAUGAAAGACAAUCUACAAGAAACGAGAUUUGUUCGAUAG